GAAGGAGGGAUGGAAGGAGGGAUGGAGGGCUGUGUGGGAUGGAAGGAGGGAUGGAUGGAUGGAGGGCUGUGUGGGAUGGAAGGAGGGAUGGAGGGCUGUGUGGGAUGGAAGGAGGGCUGGAGGGCUGUGUGGGAUGGAAGGAGGGCUGGAUGGAUGGAGGGCUGUGUGGGAUGGAAGGAGGGAUGGAAGGAGGGCUGGAGGGCUGUGUGGGAUGGAAGGAGGGAUGGAGGGCUGUGGGGGAUGGAAGGAGGGCUGGAGGGCUGUGUGGGAUGGAAGGAGGGAUGGAGGGCUGUGUGGGAUGGAAGGAGGGCUGGAGGGCUGUGGGGGAUGGAAGGAGGGAUGGAUGGAUGGAGGGCUGUGGGGAUGGAAGGAGGGAUGGAGGGCUGUGGAGGAUGGAAGGAGGGAUGGAGGGCUGUGUGGGAUGGAAGGAGGGAUGGAAGGAGGGCUGGAGGGCUGUGUGGGAUGGAAGGAGGGAUGGAGGGCUGUAGGGGAAGGAGGGCUGGAAAGAGGGUUGGAGGGCUGUGGGGGAUGGAAGGAGGGAUGGAGGGCUAUGGGGGAUGGAAGGAGGGCUGGAGGGCUGUGUGGGAUGGAAGGAGGGAUGGAGGGCUGUAGGGGAAGGAGGGCUGGAAAGAGGGUUGGAGGGCUGUGGGGGAUGGAAGGAGGGAUGGAUGGAUGGAGGGCUGUGUGGGAUGGAAGGAGGGAUGGAGGGCUGUGGGGGAUGGAAGGAGGGAUGGAGGGCUGUGGAGGAUGGAAGGAGGGCUGGAGGGCUAUGGGGGAUGGAAGGAGGGCUGGAGGGCUGUGUGGGAUGGAAGGAGGGCUGGAGGGCUAUGGGGGAUGGAAGGAGGGCUGGAUGGAUGGAGGGCUGUGUGGGAUGGAAGGAGGGCUGGAGGGCUGUGGGGGAUGGAAGGAGGGCUGGAGGGCUGUGUGGGAUGGAAGGAGGGCUGGAUGGAUGGAGGGCUAUGGGGGAUGGAAGGAGGGAUGGAGGGCUGUGGGGGAUGGAAGGAGGGCUGGAGGGCUAUGGGGGAUGGAAGGAGGGAUGGAGGGCUGGCUGUAG